UGUUGACAUAAAGCAAAAAAAAAAAAAAAAAAGGUGUCUUGCUUUUGUUCAGACCCUCUGAAUUCUCGGCGACAAGUCAGUUUUCUCAACUUUGGUCCUGGCGACAUCACCCUGCUACCUUAAUCCUCACGAAGUGAAGUUCCCCAUUUUCUGCUUUUCCAUUUUGGUUACUUCUCUUUGUCUCUGUGUUCCUGUGGUUUAUGUUGAUGAUUAUGGUGCCUUGAAGAUUUUGGCUUCUUGGGCACCAUAAGCUUCACUGGUUUUCCAUGCUUUGUUGAUGCUGAGGUUGAUUCAGAUACAAAGUUUCGCUUUUUGGGGAGGAAAUUUCACAUGUGAUCUAUGAGCUUGAUUCCUUGGAUGUUGGGUGAGUAAAUUGCAGAUUGCAGAAAGUGAAGGCUUUGUGUUGAGUUUCUUCUAGUUGUUGAAAUUGGAAUUUGUGUGGGGUUGAAGCUAACAAUUAGUUGCAUUUUUUCUGGGGAAAAGGGUGAACUUUUUGUUGAUUCUGCUACAUGUUAUUAGACAACUUUGGGGAAGGCACCAAAGGGGAUUCAUCAUAUUUUUGUUUGUUUCUGGGGAAGUGCUGCUGCUAUUGUUGGACAUGAGUUGAUGUUAGAAUUGUGUUGUUGUGGAACACUUGGGGAACAAGAUUAAAUCUUGGUGCUAGAAAAAGACCAAGUGUUGAAUUUGUUUGGGGUCAUCACUUUAUAGGUCAUAAUGAAGGCUCCUUCAAAUGGUUACUUGCCUAAUUCUGGUGAAGGGGAAAGGAAGACAAUCAAUUCAGAGUUAUGGCAUGCGUGUGCUGGACCGUUGGUUUCUUUACCUCCUAUUGGAAGUCUUGUGGUUUACUUCCCUCAAGGACACAGUGAGCAAGUUGCAGCAUCCAUGCAAAAGGAGGCCGACAUCAUACCUAGUUACCCUAACCUUCCGUCCAAGUUGAUUUGCAUGCUUCACAAUGUUGCGCUACAUGCUGAUCCCGAAACUGAUGAGGUCUAUGCACAGAUGACCCUUCAACCUGUAAAUAAAUAUGACAAGGAAGCAAUAAUGGCUUCAGACAUGGGUCUCAAACAAAGCCAACAACCUACUGAAUUCUUUUGCAAAACUCUUACAGCUAGUGAUACAAGCACUCAUGGAGGAUUUUCUGUGCCUCGUAGAGCAGCUGAGAAAAUAUUCCCACCUCUGGAUUUUUCAAUGCAACCUCCAGCUCAGGAGAUUGUUGCCAAAGAUUUGCAUGACACUACAUGGACAUUUAGACAUAUUUAUCGCGGACAACCAAAGAGGCAUCUAUUGACUACAGGUUGGAGUGUCUUUGUUAGCACAAAAAGGCUGUUUGCUGGAGAUUCUGUUCUUUUUAUCAGAGAUGAAAAACAGCAACUUCUUUUAGGUAUAAAGCGAGCUAAUAGACAGCAGCCAGCACUGUCUUCAUCAGUAAUAUCCAGUGACAGCAUGCAUAUUGGCAUUCUUGCUGCUGCAGCUCAUGCUGCUUCAAAUAACAGCCCAUUUACUAUAUUUUAUAAUCCAAGGGCCAGUCCCUCUGAAUUUGUAAUUCCAUUGGCCAAGUUUAAUAAGGCCAUGUACACUCAAGUUUCCCUUGGAAUGAGAUUCAGAAUGAUGUUUGAGACUGAAGAGUCAGGAGUCCGCAGAUAUAUGGGUACAAUCACUGGUAUCAGUGACUUGGAUCCAGUCCGAUGGAAAAAUUCGCAGUGGCGCAAUCUUCAGGUUGGAUGGGAUGAAUCAACAGCUGGUGAGCGCCCAAGCAGAGUUUCGAUUUGGAAUAUUGAACCAGUAGUGACUCCUUUCUACAUUUGUCCACCUCCAUUUUUUAGGCCCAAGUUCCCCAAGCAACCAGGAAUGCCAGAAGAUGAAUCUGAUAUAGAAAAUGCUUUCAAGAGAGCUAUGCCAUGGCUUGGAGAUGAUCUUGGCAUGAAAGAUGCCUCAAGUUCAAUUUUUCCUGGUUUAAGUUUAGUGCAAUGGAUGAGCAUGCAGCAGAAUAAUCAGUUCUCUGCUGCUCAAUCUGGGUUUUUCCCCCCAUCUAUGCUUUCAUCUAAUACCCUGCAUGGUAAUCAUAACACUGAGGAUCCAUCCAAGUUAUUGAGCUUUCAAGCCCCUGUCCUCUCUGCACCAAGUCUUCAAUUUAACAAAUCUAAUCUUUCGAACCAAAUCAACCAAUUGCAACAGUCCCCAAUGUCAUGGCCUCAGCAGCAGCAACAGCAGCAGAAGCUGCAGUCAUUAUUGCCAACACCAUUAAACCAGCUCCAACAGCAGCAGCAGCAACAGCAGCUGCCUGGACCACAAAACCUGCAACAACCUCAGCUGCCUCAACAGAGAGCACAGCAGCCACAACAACAGCAACAGCAGCAGUCAUGUCAACAGGCCAUUAUGACUAAUGGAGCAGUUGCUUCUAACCAGAUUCCAAAUCAGUGUGCACAGCAACCAGUUACCUACUCUCAGCUUCAGCAACAUCAAUUACUCUCUGGAAGUAUCUCACCCCAACAAAGUAUCCAAUCAGCCAGUAAGAACACGUUGCUAAUGACAACCUUACCACAAGACUCACAAUUUCAGCAACAGAUAGAUCAGCAAGCUAGUCUCUUGCAAAGGCAGCAGCAACAAACACAGUUGCAACAAUCUCAAUUGCAGUUAUUGCAACAAAGCCUGUCACAGAGGCCAUCACAGCAACCACAAAUGACUCAAAUGUCUCAGCAAAACAGCUCAGAGCAACAACCACAGUUACAGUUGCUACAGAAAUUACAACAGCAGCAACAGCAGCAACUCCUUUCCACAUCUAGCCCACUUAUGCAGUCUCAGCUUCUACAGCAACAAAGCACUCACCAACAAAACCAGCAAUUACCGCAGCUUCCUCUAUCACAGCAUCUGUCUCAACAGCUUGGCAACAAUGCAUUCUCGAUGGAGAAGAUUCUCAAUGGCAACAACUUCUCUUCUUCAGCUCUGAUGCAAUCACAGCAGCUCCCUAUGAAUCAACCACAAAAUACACAGAAAUCACUAACUAAUACUAGAGCUCCCUCUACACUUACAGAUGGAGAUGCGCCAUCAUGCUCAACUUCUCCGUCUUCUAAUAACUGCCAGAUAUCUCCUUCAAACCUCCUGAAAAGAAAUCAACAAGUAACUGCCACAUUAGGGGGCCCUUUGGUAGUUGAAUCCACCAAUAAUCUAAUACAGGAGCUUCAGAGUAAGUCUGACAUGCUGAUAAAACAUGAAUUACCCAGUGUAAAAGGACCUGACCAGCAAAGGUAUAAAGGGACAGUUCCUGAUCAGCUGGAAGCUUCUUCUGGAACAUCUUACUGUAUUGAUCCCGGUAACAUCCACCAGAACUUCUCACUUCCCAACUUCUGCAUGGAUGGGGAUGUCCAAUCACACCCUAGAAACAAUCUACCAUUUGCCUCUAAUCUUGAUGGAUUAACACCUGAUAAUUUGCUUUCAAGGGGGUAUGACUCUCAAAAAGAUCUUCAAAACUUGCUGUCUAAUUAUUGUGGUGCUCCAAGAGACAUUGAAACUGAGUUGUCAACUGCUGCUAUUAGUUCACAGUCAUUUGGGGUGCCAAACAUGCCUUUUAAGCCUGGUUGCUCAAGUGAUAUUGCCAUGAAUGAUACUGGGGUUUUGAAUAAUGGCUUGUGGGCUAAUCAGACUCAACGAAUGCGGACAUAUACUAAGGUUCAAAAAUGUGGCUCUGUUGGAAGAUGCAUUGAUGUCACCCGUUACAAGGGAUAUGAUGAACUCCGGCAUGAUUUGGCUCGCAUGUUUGGGAUUGAAGGGCAGCUAGAAGAUCCUCAAAGGACUGACUGGAAACUAGUAUAUGUGGAUCAUGAAAACGACAUUCUUCUUGUCGGUGAUGACCCUUGGGAAGAAUUUGUAAGCUGUGUCCAGAGCAUAAAAAUAUUGUCAUCUGCUGAGGUACAACAAAUGAGCUUGGAUGGGGAUUUAGGUCAGAUUCCAAUCCCCAAUCAAGCUUGUAGUGGGACAGAAGGUGGCAAUGCAUGGAGGGGACAGUAUGAUGAGAACACUGCUGCCUCAUUUAAUCGAUAAGGAUAUCAAGUAUUGACAUUUUGGAGCAGUCAACUUGUAUAUUUUGAGAGAUGGAGAGGACUAACUUAACCCUUAAAAUUUCUUGUUGGUGCUUCUUUAUAUCACAAAAUGGAAAGGAGACUUAUUCAUUUCAAGGGAUGUGCAAUUGAUGGGGUAUUGUAUAAGAGGUGGAUACAUAAUUGCAUCCGGUUCUAUAUCAACAAACCGGUUUUAAUGGUGAGAGAAAAGUUUAGAUCCUUAGAUGUACCAAGACCAGAAUCCUUUAAUGCUAGUGCUUGCUUAGGAUUUCUCUCUCUAUCUCUCUCUUGUUGGCAAGGUAUAGCCAUAUAGGUCAGCUGGUGUAUAAUAUAUAUGAUCAUUCUUAUAUUAAGAAUAUUUUUACUUACACUUCUGUAAAUGUUUUGGUAAGUUAGGUAGCCAUGUGAUGACUGGGAUAAUCAACAAUGCAUGCCAAUUCUAUAGCUUUUGUACACACUGCCUACACUGUUUCUAUGUGGGCAAUUAUGGAGAAGUUUAUGAUGGAUGAAGAAAAA